AUGGAAGAACAGGAAAACACAGAAAAUAUAAAUAUGAUCAAAGAGACAAUUUUUGGUUUACCCAACAGCGUAAUAUUGAAGAUAAUACAUAAUAACCCCAAUUUGAAAAAUUACAAAGUAAGGAAAGAAGCAGUUACCACAUUGGGACGAUGCCUGUCCAUGUUCAUUUUAUACAUUACUGAUGGAGCCUUAGAACAUUGCGAAGGUGAUAAGAGAAGCACAAUUUCCGUUCACGACAUUUUAAAGUCGCUAGACGAUUCGUUAUUUCUCGAUAUACACGAUGAACUAAAGAGACAAGUAGCCAUUCAAGAGGAAAUUCAAAAAAAGGAAAAGGCCGCCAAGGAUGCUAAUAACACUGCCAAGGCGGAUACAGGAAGCGGUGACGAUAAGGCACAAGGAGAAAUGAACCAAGCCAACGAACAGGACGACUUGGACAUACUUCUGCAGGCUCUGGAGUGA